AUGUUGGGUCUCUUGUCGCUGAUUAUCACGCUGCUCAUUCUUCCAGCAGUCAAUGCUUUGGUUAGGGAUAGUGAUGUUGGCAAACUGCCAGCUCUAGGAUGGAACUCGUGGAAUGCAUUUGAAUGUGACAUCGAUCAUAUCAAGAUCAUGAUAGCUGCAAACCAGAUUAUCAAUCUUGGAUUGAAAGAUGUGGGCUAUCAAUAUGUGAACAUUGAUGACUGCUGGAGUGUUAAGAAUGCCCGAAACGCGAGCAACAAUCGCAUCAUUCCUGACCCGCACAAGUUCCCUGGUGGUAUUUCUGGGGUCGCAGACAAAGUGCAUGCCCUGGGACUGAAAAUUGGGAUAUACAGUAGUUCGGGUGAGACUACUUGUGCUGAAUACCCUGCAAGUCUGAGAUACGAGAUGGUGGAUGCACAGGCAUUUGCAGACUGGGGUAUUGACUACCUCAAAUACGAUGACUGUGGCGUCCCCCCAGAGUGGAAAGAUGAAUACACUGGCUGCGUUCCUGACAGCGACGAGGAUCCCGCCAGUUGGAACUUCCCUAACGGCACUUGUCCUGGUUUGAUCAAUGCUGCCCCAGAAGGAUAUGAUUGGACAACUUCCAAAACGCAUCAACGCUAUAUCAGGAUGCGAGAGGCAUUGUUGAGCGUGAACCGAACAAUCUUGUAUUCCCUGUGUGAUAUGGGUCACGCAAAUGUGAACACCUGGGGUAACACGACCGGUAACUCGUGGCGUAUAACAAAUGACAUCAGACCGGAAUGGGGCCGUAUCGCAGAAAUCGCAAAUCAAAACGUAUUCCUGUUGGACUACGUCAAUUUCUGGGGCCGCCCUGACCCGGACAUGUUGGAAGUUGGCAAUGGGAACCUUACUCUCGAAGAGAACAGGGCUCACUUUGCACUAUGGGCGGCGAUGAAGUCUCCUUUACUCAUUGGCACUGCACUUGAUUCGAUUGACGAUGAACAUGUGGCCAUUCUGAAGAACAAGUACUUGCUUGCCUUCCAUCAGGAUCCCGUCAUCGGUCGCCCCGCUCAUCCUUAUAAGUGGGGAUAUAACCCCGAUUGGACAUUCGACCCAGCUCACCCAGCGGAAUAUUGGUCUGGUACAUCGAGCACGCUGGAGGCAACGUUGGUGCUCAUGCUGAAUUCCGAGGACGCAAAUUCCACCAGAACAGCAGUGUGGAGCGAGAUUCCUGAACUCAAGAACUAUAACUCAUACGAAGUUAUCGAUGCUUGGACCGGAAAUAAUUUGGGAUGUGUACAAGGCCAGUAUAGCAUCACUUUGCAGAGCCAUGAUGUAGCCGUGUUGGUGGUGAGGAAGGGGCAAUGCUAG